UAACACAAGUUCGCAAAGUUAACUCAGUGUUUUGGUGAUUAUAACACCCCCUAAAGUAAAGUGACUUAAUCUUUGAAGGCACUUAUUGAAUUUACAGUUCGUUUGACUUCUGUAAAACUUCAAAGAAAAUUGUGCUCGUUUUAUCUAUAUCACGAACGAGAUAAAGAGAUAAUUCCCAAAAUUUGACCAACUUUUUUCUGUUACCUGAAAAAUUUGUGCCCAUUAAAUUUUUUUUUUUUGGCUGUCCCACGUAAUAUGCCCGUGUCCGAUAAGUUGGCUAUGCAAAUUUCUAAAAUCUGCUCAACGGGAAAUUCCAAAUCUUCAGACAAUAUCUUUUUCUGGGUCAUUAAAAGAAAGUGUGUUAGAGUCAAUCACUGUACGAGAACAAUGCCCACAAUGGAAAUGUUGAGCGUUUCAAACACUCAACUCUUCUAUUGGUGAGGCCCUACAAGAGUCAACAUUUUUAAAAAAGGACAAGGCGAAUUUAAUUCCCUGUCAAAAUGGAAUCCGCUGCUGUUUUAUCAGCCACCUGCCCAUCAUGGCGAGAAAUCUACACAACUAAGCCCAAUAUUAAAUUUGGAUACAACAAAUUUGGACUUAUCCGACAUGGAAGCUUCAGUACUCCCCUGUGUCAAUCCUUACGACGUGAACCCGAUAGGUGGUUCCGUUGUGAAGUCCGUCGUACAGGAAGAGGCAAACUCAUUUGGAAGACAAAUCAAGCUCGAAAUGGAGGAAUUCAGCGAUCUUGCGCCAUUCCUACCCGAGGACACCCAAAAGGCAAUGACAAAUUCUACAGAUGAACUUAAUACGCCGAUUUUCGAUAGAAAAGGACCGUUUAAUUUUAUGGUAUAUGAAAAUACUUUCAUAGAAUCAACAUCAGCCGCAGAUCCUUUUAAGUUUGAAUACGACACAAUUCGAUCGGGUAAUAGUGUACUUUCAAACAAACAACUCAAUGACUUUUCAGUUUAUUCGAACAAUGUGAACGUUCAGCUGCAAGAUACCAACAAUAGUGAAGUAGUUAAUAUCAUACAAGGUUCUGAGGCUAAUCUGCUAUUUACAACAUCUGAAUCAGAUCAGGGAAAUAUAUACAUAAUUAAUGGAAAUGAAACCCCAAUACAUGUGCAAAGUGAAGAUCAAUUUAGUGCAUCUAUAUUUAAAAUUGAAGAUACUAAUAGUGUUGUAAGUGUAAACAGUAACGAGAAUCAAUAUUCGAACGUUUCUUCGCCCUCCAACGAGUAUUCCGUGAAUACCAAUAUAAAUAACAUCGAGGCACAACUUUCCAACAUGUCGCCAAGUAAUAAUGAACACUAUAGGACAAAUUUGGGAAUCGAAACACCAGAAGAUAGCAACAGUAGCUGCGCACCAUCUGAGUCACCAGUCAAAAAGGUUCCCAAACUUAAACUUAAUUUAGGAUUUAAUCAAGCAAUGGCUUUGAAUACUCCAGAUGUCAUUGAUUCUGUAGUCGAUUUGGAAACGAACUUUAAUAUUUUUGACUAUGUCAAUGAAAAGGAUGUAACAACUGUAAACAUAGAGGAUAUCCAUUUUGAAAAUCCAUCAACAUCCAGGGGAUUGAAUAUUGAUCAAAUUGACGCAAUAGCACCAACCAAACUCCGUAAAAGGAGGUCUAAACGUUACGACGACGAUGAUGAUGACGACGAGGACUAUGUACCACCCACCAAGAGACCAACAUCCAGUAAGAAAGAGUCAGUUGUUUCAUCAGAUUCUGAAAGUGAAGACGAACUACCACGCAGCAAGAGGGGUAGACCACCAAGGCGCACUUCAUCCAUCUCCUCUGAUCAUUCAGAUGCUACAAAGUACAGAGAACUGCGUGAUAAGAAUAAUGAAGCAUCAAGAAAGUCAAGAUUGAAGAGAAAGAUGAAAGAAAUGACACUUCAAAAAGAGGCUGAGGAGUUGUAUGAGAAAAAUGUCAAACUCAAAGCACAAGUUAAAGAAUUCGAACGAAUGGUUAACAAUUUUCGACAGAAUUUGUUUAAGAUAAUGCUUAAAAAGUAGUUUAGUGUGAUUUAUUUUUAAUGAGUUAUGCUAGUGAUUUGGGGUUUCUUUAGAAUAAGAUUUGUACAUUGCUUUGUUUUUAUUUUGAUUGUAGCUAUGUUCUACUAGUGUAUAUUUUAUAAAUUUUGUGAAGUUGAAGGUUCUUGCACAAAAUAUUUGUUUUAUUAUAAAUUUUACUGUUAUUAAAAGUUUUUGUAUUGUCUUGUAUUUUACACUGUUUAUUGGCGACUUUAAUAAAUGGUUUUGAAGCAGUGAA